CUUGUGAUCCACCCACCUCAGCCUCCCAAAGUGCUGGGAUUACAGGCGCGAGCCACCGCGCCUGGCCUAUUACUCAUUUUCAGUGUCAAACUUUCCUCACAUUAUUUUAAAUACCACUUUUAUUCAAAAUUUCCAAGCUUACAAUUAUACAAAGUUCUCUUGCCAUUUUACUAUUUGAAUAUUCCAAAAGAUAAGCUAUUGUUUAAAAGGAAGUAGAAAGGCAAUACAGAUUUCAGAUGAAGCCCUGAAAGUAAUUGGAACAGCCGUAAAGAGUUUUCAUGGUGCAGUCAUAUUUCAGGUUAGUGUUAAACAUGUUCUAGCACUUCAGAUCCAGCAUUUCACAGGUAUUGUCUAUGGCUAAGUUUACAAAGUGAGAGGGGGUAGCAAAAAUUAGUAAAUAACAUUGGUAUGUGGAAGGAACAAGAAUGGAAGUACUUUGUGAAUGACAGGUUUUCAAACAUUUUUAUCUAGAUGGUGGUGACUCUGAAAUUUACCUCUUAAACUUCUCUCCUGAACUCCAUUUUUUCUCUCCAACUCUUCCCUGGAUAGUUCUGCUGGAACUUCAACACUCCAAACUGAAUUCAUCACCUGUACCCCAUCCUACUGCAAACUGAUGUUCUUUCCUUUAUCCAUUAAGCUAGUUGGACAUCCCUAUAAAGUGUAUGUUCUGUCUUUUCCUCUCCACCGCUGCCCCCCCUAAAACCCCCACCCCCAAUAAUAGAUGCUCAUCACUAUCCCCAACUGCUGCAUUGGUCUCCUAGUUUGGACCCUACCCAUAAAUUUAAUCUUUAUAUUGCCAUCUCUGGGAUGUUUUUCAAGUGCAAAAUUACAAUCAUUUUAAAACCAGAAUUUAGUCAUUGAUGUCUCCUGUUGUCUGAACCUUAGCCAUGAUGAACUAUAGGAACUCCCUAUGAACUGUUUUUGCCCGCUUUGCCUUAUGCUACUCCUUGUUCACUUAUCUUAAAGUCUUACACCCUAGCAAAAAAUUCCCAAUUCCUGUUUUUGUUCUGAGGCCACUGAAUGCAGCACAUAUUAAACUAGUAAUUCAUUCCACUUAUGUGUCUCCACCAGAAUAAAAUAUUAGCAUUUAGUAUUGUGCUUGGCACACAUACUGUAGUUAUGUAAUAAAUAGUCCUUGAGUGUAUAAAUGAAAGAAUGGUAAUUCCAUAUUUAUAAAGGCUUGAUUUAAUUUUAUGGCUGCUGCUGCUUGAAACAUGUACAGUCUGAGUUGUGUUAAAAAUGUGCUGGGAUUACAGGCGUGAGCCACCGCUCCUGGCCGAGAUAGGUUCUUGAUUGCUGUGUUGAAAUCCUUAAAGGGCAUUCCCAGAUAAGAGACACUUUCAAAUCACAUAGGAUCAGGAGACUGGUAUUUGAUACUUCCUUGUCCGAUUUCCUCAUUUUAACAUGUUACAUGUUUAAAGGACAAAUCAGUCAGUAGGUAAAAAAUCUUAGGGACAUAGGCUUACCAGCUCAAUAUAAUGAGCUAAUUCAAUAUAAUGAGCAAUUGACAACUAGAUACUUUUACAUGCAGCUUGUGAAUAGCAAGUUUUCUGCCUGGAUCAAACUGGGGGAGGGGAACACAGGAAAAACCUCAGAAAGCAAGCCACCAUAUUUUUUAACACUACUCAGAGACAACAGAAAAGCUAGCUUUGUGGUGUCAGAAAAGCUUUCUUGGACCUUAUCAUUCUAAGAGUUCAGGAAAAUCUAAUUUCAUGUAAAAAUGAGCAACGGAAAAAAUGUCCAAUCACAUAAAAGGAUUUUGUCAAAAUGGAAUUAUGAAUGCUUUAGUAAACCGUGGAGGAAAUACCUCUGAAGAAUUUAGAAGAAAGUUGUCAGCAAAGCAUUCAUGGAUGUAGUAUUUGACCUGGGUCCUCCUUGCUAUCUAAAUCAGUUGGAAUAUUAAGCUAUGCUAAUAGUGCAGCUGGAACAGUAGUGGUUCCCUUCUUAUUCUUCAGGAAUGUUUUCAUUCUGACUCUGCUGUUUGAUAAGAGAGUGGGAAAGGGAGGGGGUUAUAAAGCCAUGAUUUAUUCACAAGGGCAUAGGGAAGGACAAGGAACUUGAGAAAAUUGUGACUUACUCCAUGUGGGGUUUCUGAUCCAUCAUCAUCCUUGUUCUGCACUUUCAACCAUAUCCAGCUCAGACUACUGGGCAUAUCACUGUAAUUGCUAUCAAUUGUUUUGCUAGUUGCUUAGUCCCAAAUCAUUCUUUAUCAUCUUUUCUGUCAUACCACAUUUAGGUAUUUUAUUCAACAAACGAACUGAAUGCCUAUUAUAUACCAGACACUCUUCUAAAGCACUGGGGAAAGAUACAGCAUGGAUCAAAACAAAUUCCUGUUCUCCUGGAGUGUACAAUUUUGUUUGGUGGUAGGGGAAGCAUAUCUGAAUAUGACGGUAAGUGCUAUAGAGAAAAGCAAAUGAGGGUUAGAAUGGAAAGAGAUGCCCCACUGGCAUGUAAGCUCCAGGAGACAAGGACCUGCCCUGCUGAUUAAGGCAUUUUUCGUGCUUAGAAUGGUGUCUGCUACGUAGUAGAUAUCCAUUAUUGGUUGAAUGAGUAAAUGAUGUAAAUUAAAAACUUAUAUUUUCAAAUUAUGUCAGUAGCAGACACACAUCUUAAAUUGUUAUAUUACUCCAGUGCACGUCUUGCUGAAGUUCAGAAGAGGAAGCUAUUUCGUAUGAAGCCAAUAAUCUCAAAUCAGAAAUGAAAACAGAUACCACCUGUCAUCACUUGCCGUCCUCGGCUAAGCCAGGAGUGUCCGACCCAUAUUCGGUAGCCUGGAUACUUAGGUGUAUUUAGUGAACUAACAAAUGCAUCCUAGCCACUGCAAAGCUUCAGAACCCUAGGGGGUAGUGCUUGGCUUCUGCUAGUCCCACAGGUAUUUUAAUAUUAGCUGAACAAAUGAAAUAACCAAAAAAUAAAUCGCGACUGUGUCAGGUGAACUUGGGAAGGCGGAUGCGCUUAGGGUCCGGCUGUAGUGAGUAACGCACUCCCUGCGAAGAGUUAUAUGGAGUACGAACUCUGGCCUGCGAGUCCAGCUCACGGCUUUGUACCUAAAACCUUGCCUUGCGCGAGCGCCGCCGUCCUAACGCGACCUGCCCUGCCCGUCAUCUCCUAUUGGCUGCCUCUCGGAAGACCCGCCUCUUGAGAAGGAAAAGCCGUCGCUUGCCGAAUUGCCUGACGUCAUGCAAUGACCAAUCAGAAGCAGCGAUCUUCAGUUUUGCCCAGUGAGACUGGGUACGGGUCCUGGCCCGCGGAGUUUGAUUUCGUCCUGGGAUGCGGAAGUAGCUGUCCCGUCAUGCGGAAGUAGCAGUCCAGUCCUAGGGACUAGAAGGUGGGUUGGUUGGGUGCGGGAGGAGGUGGGCGAGCUUCCCGUAACGUUACCCUGGCUGAACGUGAGGCUCCAGGGCUGGGCACUGGGUCGACCUCUUGUUCCUCGCUGAGGUCAUCGUUACCGCCUGUGGCUGCAAGCCGAGGCGCGCGGGUGGAAACUGGGUCGAGGUCUGGGUAGACGUCUGAGCGAUGUGGACAAGGAGUGGCGCAGUCUGGAAUUCGAUUGAGAAUUCCUAACCCCUCCGCUUGAUGUUCUGGUGAUUCCCGGGGUCUCGGCUUCGGAGGAAGGUGAGCAAGGCUACCACGCUGUGUUUGGAGUGCACCGGGAAGCUUGUGGCCAAAGCGAGGGACGCGAUCCGGCUCUGGUCACGGCCUGUUACUAGAUGGGUGACCAAGUCACGUCACCUAUCUGGAAUUCAUGCUUGUUAUUUUAAAAGAGCGAGGAGGGAUGGGCAGUACUUCGAUAUGUGUGUGAGAAGAGCUGUUCAUUUUUUAAAAACUUUGAGUCGGGCCCUUGCCUGUUUUCAAGGGUCGGCUAAACUCACCCAUCUGCUGAGUCUCAGCCCAAAGCUUUCAGGAAAGCGAGCUUCGCUGUGGCAUGUAACUUGAAGCCUUGCCUAAGUAGAUGUCCAGUUUGUUCUUGAUUGGUCUCUGUUAACUAGGCCCGUUCAUAAGCUCAGACAUCCUAUGAGGUUUUAAUGUAAUUUAACCAAUAAAUUGAAAUUUCCUUUACAACCCUCUCUUUCCCCCAGACUUCCCCUUCCUUUCUUUUUCUUUGACUUCCUUCAAAAUAGUGCUGGCUAGGAGAAAUUAGUUGACGGUGUAGUGUGUAUCAAGAGGACUUUUCCAGGUUAUGUAGUACAAUUUGUGUGGCAUUUAUUUGUCAAGAGUAACAUUUUCUAAAAUUUUCCCCAAAGGCACCAAGAAACUGAUAAUGUUCCUUUGAACUGGCUUCUGUAUUUGCUUCAUCAAUGUCUCUCAUACUGAAUAUCUUAAGAGAGAUGCUGGAAUAUUUUGGCGUUCCUGUAGACCAGGUUUUGCUGAUUUGGGAAAAUAAAGACUAUGGAUCAACUAGGAGUAUUGUUCGUAUCAUUGGGAAAAUGCUUCCAUUAGAACCUUGUCGAAGACCUAAUUUUGAAUUGAUCCCGCUCUUGAACUCUGUAGACUCUGAAAAUUGUGGAUCUGUGGUUCCUUCUUUUGCUGAUAUUUUGUAUGUGGCAAAUGAUGAAGAAGCCAGUUAUCUCAGAUUUCGAAAUAGUAUAUGGAAAAAUGAAGAAGAGAAGGUGGAAAUUUUUCAUCCUUUGCAACUAGUUCGGGAUCCACUGUCACCUGCUGUAAGACAGAAAGAAACAGUGAAAAAUGAUAUGCCUGUAAAUGAAGCUGCAAUUAAAAAAAUAGCUGCCCUUGAAAAUGAGCUGACUUUUCUUCGCUCUCAGAUUGCAGCAAUUGUGGAAAUGCAGGAACUGAAAAACAGUGCAAAUUCUAGUUCCUUUGGCUUGAAUGACAAGCCCAUUAGUUUGGGCCAGUUGUCAUCAUCGCGGGCUGCCCGUCUGAGUGUGGAGCCGGAUCAGUUUCCAAGUUCAGUGCUUUCUUCUCCUCCUCCUCCACCACCACUUCCUCCUCAGUUUUCAUCUCUCCAGCCACUGUGUUUUCCUCCCAUACAACCAAGAUCUAGUAAUAUUUGUGACUCAGAUAAUCCAGCUACUGAAAUGAACAAACAGAACCUGGCUGCUAAUAAGACCAAUUAUAGUCAUCAUUCAAAAAGCCAGAGAAAUAAAGAUAUUCCAAACAUGUUGGACGUUCUGAAGGAUAUGAAUAAGGUUAAGCUUCGUGCAGUUGAGCGGUCACCUGGCGGUAGACCCAUUCAUAAGAGGAAAAGACAGAAUUCACAUUGGGAUCCAGUUUCUUUAAUAUCUCAUGCACUUAAGCAGAAAUUUGCAUUUCAAGAAGAUGAUUCUUUUGAGAAAGAGAAUAGAUCUUGGGAAUCUUCCCCAUUUUCUAGUCCAGAAACUUCAAGGUUUGGACAUCACAUUUCACAGUCAGAAGGACAGCGAACUAAAGAAGAAAUGGUCAACACAAAAGCUGUUGACCAAGGUAUCAGCAAUACAAGCCUUCUAAACUCAAGGAUUUAAACUCAACUUAAGGUUGAGCCUUAGACUUCUAAAACUUCUUCCUGGAUGAUAAAUUAUUCUUAGAAACUGAUUUGGACUGUUAAAGGCUAAAAGUAGAUGUAUUUAAAGACUUUUCUUGACACAUUUUGCCUACACUUGCUAUGUAAAUACCUAUGCCUGUCAUUUUUGUUUCCUUUGUUCCUUUCUACAUUUACACUCUGUUCUUCUGUACAUAGAGCUUAAAAUAAACAUUCCUUUUGAACUUG